CUUGGACCAAAACUCCAUCAGUGGACCGACACCAACUGUUCAUCGAAUUCCCUCUUACGUGUUCCGCUUUUACGAGGGUCGCUUGGUUUACUUUCAUCGCUCCUUGAGUGAGUGUUCGCCCUUUGGUAACAAAGUGAAGAACAAGGGAGGAAAGUCUUCUCAUUUUCUUCUUCUCGAGCCCUAACCUAAUCUCUCGCUUCCUUCAAUUCUUCCCACCUUCUUCUCUACCGAUCCAUCUGGGUUUUUCCCCUUCUUCUGUUUCGCGGGAUUGUUAGUGGGUAAUUCCUGCUAUUCGAUCGAGUUCUCUAGUUCGUGCGUCAGUUGGUGAAGCUUUUGAAAUUUCUGGGGACCAUCUGUUCGGAUCGGUUAUUGAAAUGGCUACUAGGGUUUCUCCCGUGCCUGAUUUUUGGGUUUGAGCUCGUUUUCCAGUCGUUGUUCUUAGCUUCUGUACUGUUGCGUGAAAAUGGCCUUCAUGGGGUUCGGCUUUGUUUUCUGAUCCUUCGUGGGUUUUUCCUUGAACAAACUCUAACUCAAUUCGACUCGUAAAAGUUCUGUUUUUUUUUUCUACUUGGAAAAAUCUCAACUCUUUUCUCGCGGUUUCAUUGAGAAAUGUUCAACAAGAUACUUAAUAGGCUUCCGAAGAAGCCGUCUAAGGCUUUGGAUCAUCGUGAAUUUGCUGCUGCCUCCAUGGCUACUUCUACUAACCAGCUCGCAAGCCCGAGAAACAAUGAUGUUUCGAGAAGUAGGCCGGUGAAUGGGGAUGGUAUGUCAUUGCCUGGUCCAAGUCUGGUUCAUGGUCAGGGUCAGGGCCAGGUUGUGAGCCAGAAACAGAAUGGUGAUCUGGGUCUGGCUUCUCUCGAAGCCUUGCCCGGAUUCAAGGAUGUUCCUAGCUCCGAAAAGCAGAACUUGUUCAUAACGAAACUGAAUCUGAGUUGUGCCGUGUUUGAUUUCACUGAUCCAACGAAGAAUGGGAGGGAAAAGGAUAUCAAGCGGCAGACUUUACUCGAGCUUGUGGAUUAUGUAACUUCGGGUAAUGGGAAGUUUAGUGAAACUGUGAUGCAAGCAGCCGUGAGGAUGGUUUCGGCCAAUCUAUUUAGGCCACUUAGCCCGCAACCCCGUGAGAACAAGGCCAUGGAAGGCUUGGACUUGGAAGAGGAGGAACCAUCUAUGGAUCCUGCAUGGCCUCACCUCCAAAUUGUCUAUGAAUUCCUUCUAAGAUUUGUAGCAUCUCCUGAGACAGAUGCAAAAUUGGCGAAGAGAUACAUAGACCACUCCUUUGUUAUGAAACUGUUGGAUCUUUUUGAUUCUGAGGAUCCAAGGGAGAGGGAGUAUCUCAAAACAAUCCUCCACCGGGUAUAUGGAAAGUUUAUGGUGCAUCGACCCUUCAUCAGAAAAGGUGUCAACAACAUUUUCUUUAGGUUUAUCUUCGAGACGGAAAAGCAUAAUGGGAUUGCCGAGCUUUUGGAGGUUUUGGGAAGCAUAAUUAACGGGUUUGCUCUUCCGCUCAAGGAAGAGCACAAGUUGUUCCUUGUCAGGGCCUUGAUUCCCCUUCAUAAACCAAAAUGCUUGCCCAUGUAUCACCAGCAGUUAUCUUACUGUAUCACACAAUUUGUGGAGAAAGACUGCAAGCUUUCAGACACAGUUAUAAGGGGCUUGCUGAAGUAUUGGCCUAUUACUAACAGUUCCAAGGAAGUCAUGUUCCUUAAUGAGCUGGAGGAAGUGUUAGAAGCAACUCAGCCUCCGGAAUUUCAGAGAUGUAUGGUUCCUCUCUUCCGCCAAAUUGCUCGCUGCUUGAGCAGCUCCCACUUUCAGGUGGCUGAAAGGGCUCUGUACCUGUGGAAUAACGAUCAUAUCGAGAACUUGAUCAGGCAAAAUCAUAAAGGAAUACUGCCCAUUAUCUUCCCGGCCUUGGAGAAAAACAGUAGCAGUCACUGGAAUCAGGCAGUCCGGAGCUUAACACUUAAUGUCCGCAAGAUCUUUUCUGACCUCGACCUAGAGCUAUUCGAGGAGUGUUUGCACAAGUUUCAUGAAGAUGAAGAGAAAUCGAAGGAGAUCAAGAGAAAACAGGAAGCUACCUGGAAGCGCCUCGAGGAGAUGGCUGCAACAAAGAUUUCAAGCAGUCAAGCAGUUCUCAUUCCUCGCUUGGUUCCUGCCGAAUCUUCCUUAACCUAGCAACGAAGGGAAUAAUUUGUACAUUCUGUUAGCCUUCCUUCUGGUGAUCGAGAAUGCUCUUCUGCCAUAGAGAUGAAGUCCGUUAUUUUUGGUGCUCGAAGAGGAUCCAUAUGAUGUGUGCUCAUGUCAAACCAUUGGUGAAUGCUGCAUUAUGCAUAUGAGCCGAAGAGAUUAUGCUGGUAAAUCUGGUGUCAGUUUGCAAGUUCAUACAAAGGGUCAAAAUAUUAUCUGCAGUUUCUCGGUCUUGUCGUGAUUCAGUCACUUUGCAUGUAUUCCAUUGGAUAGUAUGUAUUAUAUUAUAUGUCUACAUCAUCUUGCUGCUUUUGUUGCUGAGAGCGCAUAGCCAUACGAAUAUUCAUAACGUUUUGAGAAGGGUUUCAUAGUCA